AUGUCUUCUCAAAAAAUUGAUUUAACUAAAUUAAAUCCUGAACAAUUGACUUUAGUCAAGCAGCAGUUUGACCAAGAGUUGCAACAUUUUACACAGUCUUUGCAGGCUUUGGUUGUUGCCAGAAACAAGUUUGCAGAAUGUGUUGAAGAUGUCAAGAGUGUCUCAGCAAAGGAAAAUGAAGACCAAAAAAUAUUGAUUCCAGCUUCUUCAUCUCUGUAUAUUCCAGGUAAGAUUGUGGAUAACCAGAAAUUUAUGGUUGAUAUCGGUACUGGUUAUUACGUGGAGAAGUCAGCAGAAGAAGCAAUUGCAUUUUAUACUAAAAAGAUUGAAAAAUUGAAUGGUGAAUCAGGUCAAAUUCAAGCAAUUAUUAAGGAAAAGACACAAUCCUCUCUAGCAAUUGAGACCCAAAUAAGACAAAUGGCUGUCAAGCAGCAUGAGGAAAUGGCCAAAAAACAACAAGAACAAAAAUAA